AUGAAUUCAGCCCCCAUGACCAACGACACGAGCAAUGGCACCAGCAACGGCAACAACAUUUGCAACAGCAAAAUCUACACUGCAAGCCAUGACAACAGCAAUGACAACAGCAAUGACAACAGCAAUGACAACAGCAAUGACAACAGCAAUGACAACAGCAAUGACAACAGCAAUGGCAGUAGCAACGGCAGUAGCAAUGGCAACAGCAAAGGCAAAAGCAAUGGCGAUAGCAAUGACAACAGCAAUGACAACAGCAAUGACAACAGCAACGGCAGUAGCAACGGCAACGGCAGCAGCAAUGACUACACUCCAAGCUACGGCAUCGGAAACUUGACGGAAUACCUCAUCGACGUCAAGACGCUCACCAAGCUCUGCGACCUGGGCGUAUCAGAAGCCGCUCAGCUCGGAGCCCUUCUCACCGAGCGCUACAAAUCCCUGAACGAAAAGCAAACCCGCCGCAUGGCAGCCGCCGAAAAGAUCAUUGACGAAGUCGAGACCAUGAAAGAGGGACAUAACGUUUUCGACAAUAACGUCGUCAACCACUACGACCGCUUCGUCAAAGAAAUGGAGGCAGCUGAGACCGCCAUGUACGACGGUAUGAAGGUAGCCAUGUAUACAGAUGCCGCGAAGAGCGCAAAGCUUGCCCGAGAGAACUCCGAGUUUGCCAGGAAUUUGCACAAAAAGAUUGAGGGGUUGAAUGCUGAGUACAAGGCUAAGAAGGAUGAGAUUGUGGCUGCGAGGGAUGAGAUGAUUGAUAUCCUUUACGGUGCUGUUAUGCGGUGCAUCCUGGUGGGCUCUGGUGCUGUCGAGAGUGAGAACGAUAAGGCGAAGUUGUUGGGUUUGUUCAAGCGCUGA